UUCGGAGCUACCGGAGGUCCCGUGGAUACUCAGUCUACUCUACCGGACCGUUAAACCGUCUAACUGACACCCGCAGAAACUUCACAACUGAGCCCCCUGUUUCCCCCGGAAGCUGGACAAGCUAUCCGAGACUAUGAUUUUCUGUCUGCUGCCUCUCGCGGCUCUCUUGCUGCACGCUGAGGGCAGGCGCGGGGAAACAGUGGUCCGUAACAACAACAAUGGCCACGCGCUGGACAACGACAAAUGGCUGAGCACGGUGUCUCAGUACGACAAGGACAAAUAUUGGAACAAAUUCAGAGAUGAUGACUACUUCAAAAGCUGGGGUCCUGCCAAGCAAAUCGACCAGGAGACAGAGGCGAGGCCCGGGAGACAUGGGGAACCUGGAACCAAAGUCCACUCCAACCCAGGGAAGAGGAGAACAGAGGAGGCUCUGGACGCCACUAAACAUCCAUGUGUGAAGGUGCGCUGCCCUCCUCACAGGGUGUGUGUCAGCCACGACUACCAGACAGCCAUCUGCACCAACACCAACCACAAGCAGCCUACACACAGUAUGAAACCGAGGAAAGGAAGCUUGGCCUACAAGCACUGGGCAGGAGCAGGGGCCCAUGGGAAGUGUAGGCCAUGCCCUGUCAUCCACCCCAGCCCUGUGUGUGGAUCUGAUGGACACACCUACUCCUCUAAGUGUACGCUGGAGUUCCAGGAGUGUAAGUCAGGGAAGAACAUCGCUCUGAAGUGUGGAGGACCGUGUCCAUGUCUGCCUGAUCUGGAACUGGUCAAACCACACAGCCACAAAACAGAGAAGAGCGUCUGCAGUGAUGGGGACCUGCAUAGCCUAGCAUCCAGACUGAAGGACUGGUUCGGAGUUCUCCACCUCGACGCCAACCGAGACCUCAAAUCCUCUGCCAACUCUGAUUCAGCGGCAGGACGUUUUGACACCAGUAUCUUGCCGAUCUGUAAGGACUCUCUGGGUUGGAUGUUCAACAAGCUGGACAUGAACUAUGACCUCCUGCUGGACCAAUCAGAGCUCAGCGCCAUCUACCUGGACAAGUAUGAGCUGUGUAUGAAGCCCCUGUUCAACUCCUGCGACUCCUUCAAAGAUGGAAAACUGUCCAACAACGAGUGGUGCUACUGCUUCCAGAAACCUGAUGGUCUGCCCUGCCAGAAUGAGAUGAACCGGAGUCAGAUCCAGGGUCGGAGGAACACUGUCAUAGGGUCCUAUAUUCCACGCUGUUCUGAGGAGGGGUACUUUAAGCCAACCCAGUGUCAUGGCAGUACUGGACAGUGUUGGUGUGUGGACAAAUACGGCAACGAGAUCGCCGGCUCCAGAAAACAGGGCAACCCCACCUGUGAGGAGGACCAAGAGACCUCAGGGGAUUUUGGCAGUGGGGGCGCUGUCAUUCUCCUUGAUGACCAGGAGGAGGAGCCAGCUCAGAGUGGGAGGAGCCGGCAGAAGCAGAGGCGGGGCCGGAUCCAUCCCAGAGGGGCCAUUGAGGAUGACGAGGACGAGGAAGAUGACAAAGAUGACGAGAUUGGCUAUAUCUGGUAGCUCCGCCCCCACCUGUUCUCCCAUCAACCAACCAGGGACCCCCGUUAACUCUGAACAGACCUGAAGCCAUUCCAGCAUCUCCUUCGUACCCCUCAGCAUCAACUCUGUGUUCAACUGACUAUCCCCUCCUCUAUGCCUCUUGUUCACCUUGAAACUUUCUCUCCGCUACCCAACCUUCAUAUAGUGUGUCCCUCCUACUCUCCUUCAGAGAAUAGAGACGUAUUCAAUUCAAACAAAGACUGUCUAGUCUCUUUUAAUGUGUGUCCCUCUGCUACUGCGUUUGUCCUCAAACCCUUCAACCAUAGACUGACACAUUGCUAUAUCCUCUCUCUCUCUCUUUCUUGUUCUUACUCUCUCAUCUCCCCGUUCUCUCUCUUUAUCUGUAUCUGUGUCUGUGUGUCUCUGAGAGUCUCUUGUCUGACUGUGAGGUCAGAGACAAGUUUGAAGGUGAGAUUCUAUGGUGUGUUCUGGCCCUUCUGUCAAAGACUCCAUUUUCCGCUCCCGGCCUCACCCCUCAUGUUCUAGAAUACCAUAUUCUCUGGUUCCAGAAUAUUCUAUAGGCUCUUUGGUGGAGAAUAAUGUUCUUGCUGUUAUUGAAUGCUCCAGGGUGCCCUAGAACCAGAAAGAGUGAUGAUGUGUUACUUUUUGUUGCAUGUUCCCCGACUACGCCCCUGUGGAAAGACAAGUUUGGGUGGCAAGAUACACUGAGUGUACAAACAUUAAGGACACUUUCCUAAUAUUGAGUUGCACCCUGCCCUUUUGCCCUCAGAACAGACUCAAUUCGUCAGGGCAUGGACUCUACAAGUUGUUGAAAGCUUUCCAUAGGGAUGCUGGCCCAUGUUGACUCCAAUACUUCCCACAGUUGUGUCAAGUUGGCUAGAUGUGCUUUGGGUGGUGGACCAUUCUUGAUACACACGGGAGCGUGAAAAACCCAGCUGCGUGGCAGUUCUUGACAUAAACCGGUGCGCCUGGCACCUACUACCAUACCCCAUUCAAAGGUUUGUUUUUCCCAUUCACCCUCUGAACGCCCCAUAUACACAAUCCAUGUCUCAAUUGCCUCACCUCAAGACUUAAAUUCCUUCUUUAACCGGUCUCCUCCCCUUCAUCUACACUGAUUGAAGUGGAUAUAAGAAGUGACGUCAAUAAGGGAUCACAUCUGGAUUCGCCUGGUCAGUCUGUCAGGGAAAGAGCAGGUGUUCCUAAUGUUUUGUCCACUCAGUGUAUAACUCUCUAUGUAUCCUGUGUCCGUUGUUGGAACGGGACCUGUAAAGUAAGAAUUUCACUGUUAGUCUACACCUGUUGUGUACGAAGCAUGUGACAAAUAAAAUUGGAUUAGAUGUUGAUUUGACAAUGUCCAUAUUGGCUGCUGCAGUGCUCCCUCCCCUUGCCGUCUCAAUGCUGUGCAGUCUUUAUUUGAUGCUUCCUCUUCCAAUUGAGCUUUUAAAAGUUCAAAACCAUGUUGUUAGCCACUUACUAAAUAGCAACCGCUCUCUUCAACUUGAAAGCUUUGAUAAUGACUUUUUUCCCUGCUAGUUUUGUACUUCUGUUUCAGUUGGAGGCACUUAGUCUGUAGAACUACAGAACAGAGAAAUCUAAUUGUGGUCACACAAAGAGCCCUGCCAUCAUUCAGACCUUUUUCAAACCCUCCCAAAUCCAGCCUGCAGAUUUAGAAACGGACACAAAGAGAAAAUGCUUUUAAGGGUU